AUGGAUGAUCAAGUCAAGUCUUGCCGAAAGCAUGGCAACGACCAGGUUGUCGACAAACCAAAUUCUCGUGAUGACUUCAAGCAAGCGCAAAUCUCUGGGGGGUGGAUCCCCGGCAUGGACCCCAAAGUGGACUACGGAGGGGAAUUCGAAUUCGGCGGUUCACUCGGAACAUUGGCGCUCAUGAUUGGUUUCCCGUUGCUGAUGUGGUACAUGUGGAUCGGCGCAACCUACUAUGAUGGGAAGCUACCUCUGCCACAAAACGGAGAGUCCUGGAUGGACUUCGGAAAGCAUCUGUGUCACCUUGUCUACACCGGUGCGUUCCCACACUUCAGGGCGUGGCGCAUCUACUGGACAUUCUACAUCUUCGAGGCAGCAUGCUACAUCCUCAUGCCCGGCUUCACCUGCUACGGGAAGCCUCUUCGUCAUCUGCAAGGCAAGAGGCUGAAGUAUUAUUGCUCGGCCUACUGUAGCUUGUACUUCACAAUCUUUAACAUGGUCUUUUUACACUACACUGGUCUGUUCCCCAUUUACACUAUCCUGGAUGAGUUCGGUCCUCUGAUGUCUGUGGCGAUCCUUUCCGGGUUUCUCGUCAGCUUUUUCGCCUAUUUCUCUGCAUUUGCUCGUGGUGCCCAGCACCGCAUCACCGGUUACCCGAUCUAUGAUUUCUUCAUGGGAGCUGAGCUGAACCCACGUUUGUUUGGGAUCCUGGACUUUAAGAUGUUCUAUGAAGUCCGUAUCCCAUGGUUCAUGCUCUUGGGUUUGAGCUGCGCGGCUGCCACUCGCCAAUAUGAACUCUACGGUUACGUAUCUGGUGAAGUUUUGUUCCUUGUCAUGGCACAUUUCCUUUACGCCAACGCCUGCGCCAAGGCAGAACACCUCAUCACCACAACAUGGGACAUGUACCAGGAGAAACUGGGCUUCUUGUUGAUCUUCUGGAACAUGGCUGGUGUUCCCAUGUCUUACUGCCACUGCGUUCUCUACCUGGAUAAUCGCCACCCAUCGUCAUAUGCGUGGAACAAAAAUGCAUUGAUCGUAUGGUCCGUGGCCUAUCUUUGCGUCUACUGGGUCUGGGACACUGCAAAUAGCCAGAAGAACGCCUUCCGCAUGAUGGAGCGAGGCAAAAUGGUUGAGCGCAGCACCUUCCCCCAGCUUCCUUGGCGACAUAUCCACAACCCGAAGACACUCGUGACGGAGGAUGGCGAUAUCCUUUUUGUUGAUGGGUGGUACGGAUUGGCUCGCAAGGUCCAUUACAGUUGCGAUAUGUUUUUCGCUUUGUCGUGGGCACUGAUCACCGGGUUCGACAGUCCACUUCCCUGGUUCUACCCUGUGUUCUUCGCGGUCAUGAUUGGCCACCGUGCUAUGAGGGAUAUCAACAAGUGUAAAACCAAGUAUGGGGCCACAUGGGCGGAGUACGAGAAGCAGGUUCCGAGCCUCUUCAUUCCGUAUGUGCUCUAA